AAUAGACAAACGAGUUCUUUGCUGCUUGCGAUUUCAACUCUUUUUAUGUGUUUUAGUAAACCUCAAAAUCAAAUCAAAUCUCGACGAGAAAACCCUCAAUCAAAUAUCAAUCGAGGAUGAAAAUUCCCUUAAAUAUUAAUGAUGUCUUCUUCAUCACCCAUCAUUAGUUCACCGUAUAAAGGCAAACCGGGAAGAGAAAGAUGGAACUGCCUUCGUUAUUUUGUUGGCGGGAAACCAGAACGACACAAUUCUUACAAAGUAACAGUUCAUGUUGGAACUUGGAACUCGAACCAUCACACGGGAAGACAAACUAGGAGUACCCAUUAGUCUGUUUUUUGUAUUUGUUGGUUUAUUAUAGAAAACCUCAAACCGGAUUCAACAAUCAGAAAACGAGUAAUUUCAGAGCUUGAUAACGGAAACCAAUGGAGGAGCGUCGACCCAGAAGACUAUCUUUGAAAUCCCAUCGUCCCAAUUGGAAAACAAAGCUUCUAGAGAAUUGUAUCAAAAGGGUCGAAAAGGAUAGAAUUCGCCUGCUUUGGAAAAUGAGAUCAACUGUAGACCCAUCCCUGAAUCAGAAGGAGAUUAUGGAAUCUGCUUUCCGGGACAUAGUUUCUGAUGAACUUAAAAGGUUCAAGGACUCUCCCAUGAACAAUGGCAGAUCAGAGAUCACACCUUCCAACUUUGAAGACAAUGAUACUUUAUGGGAAUAUGAUCCCAUGGUUUGUCAAUCAACUGAAGGUGAAUGUGAAGAGAUAAUGCUAGAACUGCAAAGGAUAUUUUAUGAAGAUGCCAGAAUGGAAUCAAGUAAAAGAGACCCAGAAAGUCAUGACAGAAUUUAUGAAGAUGAAGAAGAUGAUUACUUAGCACAUGCAGUUUUUGAGCAUAUGCAAUUGAACAAAGAGCAGGUUGACAAGGAGAUUUGGUGUCCCAUCUGUAAGAAAGGCGAGUUGCAAGAGAACCAUCAAAUUAUUUAUUGCACUCUUUGUGAUCUCCAACUCAACAGAGGUGAUGAGGUUAAUUUGGAAAUUUUGGGCGUCCGUCUAGGGGAAGCUCAUGAAGAACAUCUCGAGAGAGGAUGCAAAUUGACACCCAAGUUCUGCAUUGAGACUAAAUUCAAUCUAACUGCAUUGUACAUUCAAUGUCAGGCUUGCAAGACGUUUGAGAUUAUAUUGUAGCUUCAUUUGCUUGUAUAUAUAGUUAAGAGCAUUUAACUUCAAGCUUGGAUGACAUCUCACAUGUGACUUCUUCCAGUUUUACUUUUAUCCUUUUUCCGGCAUUCAAUUAAGUUUCUAGAGUUUGUUUCGGUCUGUAAUUCAAUAUAAUUUUGCUGAAACCCUAUAACAUUCACUUAAUAAUCAGGUAGAUUGUAUCAUUUUAAUUCUCAA